CUAUGAUCUACAGAUUGACAUGUGUCUGCAAAAUAUUUGAUAUUCAAAUGUCAUAUUUGUGAAUUUUGGAAGUUUAUUAUAAUAAUUACGUAAAAUAGUUUACUGCUUUCGUCGUUCACAAUGUCUCUCAGUCCGGCAUUCCGUACACCUUUUACUGACUUAACAGGACAUUUAGCUAAUCAUCAAUAUUAUUCUCCAUGUGGUAAAAUGGAGAUGAAAAUGAUGAACUGCUUAGAAGCUUAUGGACUUCAUAAGGGUAAACAAGUAUGCGCAGAUAUGAUAGAAGAUUUCAACGAAUGCGUUUUGAAGAAAAAACAGCUUAAAAGAUUAGAGAUCAUGCUUAAUGAACGUCAACGUCAAUAUGAAGCAGGGGAACGUAGCAAAGAAGAGUAUUUUGCACCUGCUCCAAGAGUUGAUGCUUAUUAAAUUAAUUAAAAAAAUGAUUACUAGUGUGAAAAUUAUUUGCCGAACAAAUAUAUUGUAAUAACC